ACAAUUUACAUUGACUGUUCACUAUAGAUAUAUUAUUAAGAAAGAGAAUAUUCAACAGGAAUCUGUUGACCCCGAAGGAUCAGUAGAGGUAAAGGCAUCUUCGAUCUUGGGUAUGAAUCGUAUCUGGAAUGAACUUAAACACGGGUACAUUAUGGUGCUUAACAAUAGGAGCCACCAAAAAAGAAGAUUUGCAUCACACGAACAAGAGGAUCAAACAAAGAGAGGGCUGUUAAAACGUUUUCUGAACCUAAACGUGUAUGUGAUGUUUGCAAAGGCUUUCUCGGGAUCUAUAAUUGCCGCUAAUCAAAGUUUCAUCGACUUGCAGCUUUGCCUUAAAGUUUCAUUGGGUGAAAUUUGUGAUUCGGACUCGUACGUUUUGAUAAUCGAAUUAUUUAAAGCUUGGACAUCAUCAGAAUUGAUAAAACCUCCAUAUCAAUUUUCAGGUUACAAGUUUCCAAAGUCAGAUGUGUACCUCGCCGAAAUUGGGGAGGAGAUUGCCAACCAACUGGAGAAAGAAAAGAGAAACAAAUUGAGAAAGUUGCAAGCUCAACAUUCAAAAGAAGAAGGGAAUUUCGAAAUUAAUUUGGAGGCCCAAGUUCAUGAAUCAAAGAAUAAUGAAGACGUUGUGUUAGGGUCCACGAGCAGUGAUAUUAAGAAAGAAGAAAAGGUUGACAUAAUUUCAUCGGAUGUUGGAAGAGCCUCUGGGAUCAUCAACGCCGCGGAAUUUGUUGAUACGCCUGAUGUUCCGUUACGUGAUUGUGAAAAGAAGAAACAAAGCGAAUGGGCAUUGAUGAAACGACACGUUAGCGAGGAUAUUUUUGGCGUUCAACUGUGCGGAUGCAAAGCCCAACACCUGGUAAAGUGUGCAGAGGUUUUGAGUAACGAAAUUGAGGUUGAUUUUGUUGAUAUAAAUCUCGGGUGUCCAAUUGAUCUUGUUUUUAACAAAGGGGGAGGGACGGCGCUUUUAAGGCACGAUGGAAGGAUCGGAAAGAUUAUUAGAGGAAUGCAGAGGGUCAUGGACUUUCCAGUUACGGUAAAGUUUCGUACGGGUAUUCAAGACAACAUGCCCGUUGCACACAAACUAAUGCCAAAAUUCGAAAGCUGGGGAGUCGCAUUGGCUACGGUUAGCACUCAUUUAAAAACUCAAAAGUAUUUUCAAGAAUUUGUUUCCCCUGAAAUCUGA